AUGAUUUUGAUGCCAUGUACUUCAGUAAAUAUUGUUCUUGCAGCAGAUAAAAAGUAUCUGAGUUUGAGUAAUAGUAUCCGAAAGAAAUCACCUGCUUCAGAACGACGCAGGUGUCCCUCAAUGCAUGCAAGGUUGUACUUUUUUUUGGGACGCGUAGCACACACUGGAAGUGGGUUGUCUAAUUUCCUUCUUCUGCUGAAGACUACAAGUCCUUCAAAUGUAACACCUUUUUCCAGUACAGCCGAGCUUUUUUUUUCUUCUUUUCUUAUAUUGCUUAUUUUAAGGCUAUGCUUCAUUUUUUCUUCCUGCACCUCCACUGGGGUCCAGAUACUAGAUUCUCCGGGGUUCGAUUUUCGAUUUCGUUUAUCUAGGACAAAAAAUCAACAAAAUGUAAAUGCAGUAACAAGUAUAUUUGAAUGCACCUCAAAGCCCGAGAAAUAG